AAAAAAAUAAUAAUUGCAGACUGAUUGUGAAACCCAGCACAACAUGUUGUCGAUUUUGAGGUUGUUUGUGCUUUCCCUGGCCUUUAUAUCAACGCAAGGCGGUGUGUCUGUUCAUAAUCCCUUUUAUUGUUAUUCAGAAGAUCCAGUCAGAACGUGGACUGGCUUGGGAGGUAUAAAUUCUCCUUAUGAACCAAAUCGAGGACAGUUUAUUAACGCAAAUGUGUCCACUUGUAAUCCAUCAAAGAUUUGGAUGUCAGGUAGACAUGGAUCAAGAUUCCCCUUCGAGGGGGAUCUACCAAAUCUACGCAGCGAACUACCUGUGCUUCAACGCCAAAUUUUGACGAAUUACAACGAAGGAAGAACAUCGUUGUGCGCGUCCGAUUUUGACUUGAUUAGAAAUUGGCAGUUCAAUCCAGAUAUCACUGAGGAAAAUGCAGAACAUUUAUCACCAUCUGGAUGGAAUGAAAUGAAGGAAAUGGCACAACGUUUUCAGGCUGCAUUUCCGACAGUUUUACCAUCAACAUAUUCUCCCAACGAUUACUUCUUUCAAAAUAGCAAUUUUGAACGUACGCGAAGCAGUCUCAAUGCCUUCGCUGAUGGUUUGUUUGGUGAUGGUGGCCAUGAACAGGUUCAAUUUGAAGAUAUCCCUGAACCAGACCUCCACUUGCGACCUUUUAAUCACUGUCCGCUAUAUACCGAUCUUAACCUUGCAGUCGAACAAGAUGCAUUUGUUGAGGGUCCCGAAUAUCAAGAAAUGGUCAUGCAAGUUAGUGCUAAAUUAGGCUUUCACAAUUCAAACGUGUUGCGACAUAGCGACAUUGUUCUCCUCGCCCUACAAUGCAAGUACGAUCAAAUGUGGAACUUGAAUUACACAUCUCCAUCUCCAUUCUGUGCUUCUUUUUCCGUUGCAAAUGGACAAGUUGUUGAAUAUUAUCAGGACCUCUACUGGUACCACAUAAUAGGCUAUGGUCAACCAGAACAUCGUAGACUGUUCGAAAAUGUAAUGUGCUUCACAUUGCAAGAUAUGCUGCGUUUCGUUCGAUCAAAUGAUGCAAGGGACCACAAAUUGAGAAUAUUCAAUGGCCAUGUAAGACAGUUUCUGAUGUUUUUGCAUUUCGAUGCUUUUGACGGUGACAAUGUACUGACUCGUCACAAUUUUGCACAACAAUCGCAACGGGUGUGGAGAUCAACUGAACUCCUACCAAUGGCUAUGAACAUAGCGGUUGUACGAUAUGACUGCGAUGAUGGUGACAAUGAUCUACUGUUCCUCUUUAACGAAAAGCCACUGCAAAUCCGUGGAUGUGACUCAAAUGGAGUGUGCAAACAAUCGUUUAUAUUAGAAAGAUUAGGUCGCUACCUGGAUGUUAAUUGUUUAGAAGUAUUCUGCACUUACGAUUAGUGAUUAUGAAACUUAUAACUUCUUGAAUGGUCCGAUUGUUUUUUAUACAAAUAUGCAAAGAUUCACUUUCUU